AGGGAGGGGCGCCGCGCCAGAAUCCACUCCACUCAACCCUCACGGUUGGCCUCUAUCGUGCACUCGUCCUGAUUCGAUUCACCGGCAUCCACCUCAGUCUUGGUGCACCGCGAUGGCGUGAGCAAGUCUGGCGAGCCCAUGCAAUUCAACGGCGCCGGGUCCGUAGUUUCGCCCUAGUAUGCGCGCAGUCAUGGUGAAUCAAUAACGGAGGCUUUAGGCGCGCUCGGUGCAUGUUAUGAUGUCUUCGCAUCGCAUGUGGCUGAUAAACUACAAAAGCCCGCCGUCCCCUAUCCGUGGAGCUUCUGGAAGCCACCUGCAUUCACAGCCGCUGUCAAAACUCUACUGUCUCUACCAUCCACGCUACAGCUCUCGUCGCAGCGCCUCAUCGUUAUAUCCGCGCUGUGACUCGCUUAUUACCCGCCAUCAUGUCCUACACCAUCGUCCUCUUCGUCACCCGCAACCCCAAUCUCACAUCGGAAGAAUUCAGAGACCACUAUGAGCACACGCACAUACCUCUGGCCCAUUCUCUCCUCGCGACGUGCUGGCCGAUCGAGUUCAAACGUCGCUACCUCGCGCGGAUUAGCCGGAAGGGUUUCGGUGGACCGGCAAAUCCAGACCGACCACCUCUGAUGCUAAGGGGCGAAAUGAUGGAGCUCGACUGUGACUGCAUCGCAGAAAUGACCUUUGACAGCGAACGUCGUUUCCAAGAGUUCUACAAGAAGAUAUAUGCAAAAGAGAACGCAGCUAUUCUGGCAAGAGACGAGGAGAAGUUCCUGCAAAAAGGAAAAACAAGGGUCAUUGUCGUAGGCGAGACUUGGAGCACGGAUGAACACGGCGCCACUACAAGUGAGAUGGGCUACGUCUGCAAGAACGAGAGGUCGGACAGUGAAGCCAGUGGUAGUGGCGGAAGUUGAAACAAGAGACGGAUCCAGACAUGCGGCCGCGAAGGACCACAGACCACGCGCGCCAUGUGAAGAGCUGAGGUAUUUGCAUUUGGGACCCGGGUCAAUGGAUUGGCGCUGAAUAAUCGCGCUACAACCCAAGAUGAUCGGCGUUCGAACAAUUUGGGAAGGGGCUGGCGCGCUGGGCGCGAUUAGGCACCCUAUCGCUACCAGUGUUUAUCGUGGGUAGGAGUUUACUGGUUGUCUUUCUGAAGCUUUUGUCUUAUACCACUUCUUGCGAUCUCUGAGGCGUUUGGAUGCUAGUCUAGAUCGCACAGAAUGCUUUUCAAUUAAUGCACUUCAUCCAAUUUGGUUCCACGACGUUUGUUGACACCAGUAGAGGAACUUACCAGAUUAGGAUUAGUAAAAUCCCCAUAACCAUCCAGACUCCAAAGUAUG